CUGUAUGUUCAUGAGAUUAAAGGUGCGCACCUGAAAAUAUAAAAUGCCUUUUUUAAAUUCUCCGAACUGAGACAGAGCAAGAAGAAGAAGCAAACUGCAAACUUAUUUUUAAAACCGACUCUUGGGAUUUCCAUUCGUUCAUUUUUCUUUCCCUAUCCACCCGCAGUAUUGUCAUUAGCUGCUUUGUUUCACUUUAAAAGAAAGAGGGAAUUUUUUAUUUGUCGGAUUUCCGAUUAAAGGUGUAAUCUUGAAGCCUUUUGAAUUGCCUCUCCCACUAAAACUCGGGGUUUCGUGCUUGACCAAACUCGCUUUACUGAACUCUGUGUGUUUCUUGAUUUUUUUUUUCUAUUUUUAUUUUCAAGAUUCAUUGUGAGCGAACUUGAAUAUACUACUCCAGUAAUAAGCCUUUUAAAUUCUUGCACUUGUUUAUCGCUUGGCCAUAACCGGUGAUGGCUUGUUCAUUUUUGAAUCUUUGCCUUGUCAUACUUCUAUCUGCAUUUCCCGUCCGCCAUGGAUUAACGGAUCCUCGUGAUGUGUUUGCAAUAACUCAGUUACAUGCUUCUCUGGGCCUCCCUUUACUUCCUGGAUGGAUUCCGGGAGGCGAUCCCUGUGGGCCUCCAAGUUGGCAAGGGGUGGAGUGUGUAAAUGCUAAUAUAACUGCACUAAAGCUCAGUGGCACAAAUUUGGGAGGCGAAUUGCCUGAUGAUUUGGGAAUGUUCGCCUCAAUUAUCGAUAUAGAUUUGAGCAACAACCACAUUGGCGGCAGUAUACCAAUCAGUUUGCCUAUCACUCUUCAGAAUUUUUUUCUUUCAGAUAACCAGUUCACUGGGGACAUUCCAAACUCUCUAUCUUCAUUAGGCCAAUUGAAAUCUUUGUCUCUGAACAACAAUCUACUGACAGGCUCAAUACCAGAUGCCUUUGAACCAAUUACGGGUUUGAUUAACAUGGAUUUAUCCUGGAACAGCUUGACUGGUGUGCUUCCACCUUCAAUGCGGAGUUUGUUAGCUCUCACGUCAUUGCAUUUGCAGAAUAAUCAACUUAUAGGUGUGCUAGAUGUUCUUCAAGAUCUCCCUCUGACAGAUUUGAACGUAGAGAACAACCUCUUCUCGGGACCUAUUCCUAGCAAAUUGCUAAAUAUUCCCAGUUUCAGGAGAGCCGGAAACCCUUUUAACACUACCAUCCUUCCUUCUCCCCCUGCCUUGCCCCCCGUAUCCCCCGCUAAGGCACCUUCACCUCAACUUGCACCUAGUCCUGGAUCCAAUGGUCAUGGCCAGAUUGUUACUCCAUUACCACAAUCUGGUGGAGAGGAGAAGAAGACUACACCAAACAAAAUCACUUGGAUUGCCGUUGGUGGGUUGGUUUUGAUUUUGGUACUUGUUUUGGGGUUGUUUCUUUCUAUCUCCCGUUGUCGUAGAGGAAGGAGAUCAACGGAGAAAAGUUUCAAGAGCAAUGAAAUAGGCCAUGGUAACAUGUCAGAAACACACAAGCAAGACGAGACUUCACAAUUCCAUAAAAUACCCCAAGGUCUGAAAAAAGUGGAUAAGCAGCCAGCUGAAGCAGGUCAGACGAGGAAUCCAUUACUAAAGCAGGGGACGGAUCAUAGUAUAGAUAUGACAAGAUUGAGUGACACUCAUCCACGGCCAAGUCCUCUUCCUUUUCCACUUCUUCCUGCUGAAAGGAUUUCUGCGAAUCCUACUUUUACUUCAUUGACUCCAUCAGGAAAUGCUGGUAAAAUUGUAGAAUCUGCAAAGCUCUUCACUAUCGGAAUGCUUCAACAGUACACAAAUAGUUUCUCUGAAGAAAAUCUUAUUGGGAAAGGCAUGCUUGGGCCCGUCUAUAGUAUGCAGAUUCCGAAAGGAAAGGUUCUAGCAGUGAAGAAGCUGGAUAAGGCUGCAUCAGCACAUUUAAGCGACCAAGAGUUCCUUGAACUGGUGUCAAGUAUCGCUAAACUUCGGCAUGCAAAUAUUGUUGAACUUGUAGGUUAUUGCCUUGAGCAUGGAGAGCGUCUUCUUGUCUACAACUACUGUGGCAAUGGGACUCUCGAUGAAGCACUAAAUUUGGAUGAUGAGAUCAACAAAAAGCUCUCAUGGAACACUCGCAUGGUUCUCGCGCUCCAAGCUGCCAAAGCCCUAGAAUAUUUGCAUGAGACACACCAGCCACCCAUCAUGCACUACAACUUCAAGUCCUGCAACCUGCUGCUCAGUGACCAUCUCUCUGUAAAAGUUUCUGACUGUGGCUUGGCUUCUCUUAUGCCGGCCAAUUCCAUUGUUCAGCUGCAAAAUUCUGGAUAUGGCGCUCCAGAGCUCGACUUUGGAAGCUAUUCUUACCAGAGUGAUGUAUACAGCUUUGGAGUUGUGAUGUUGCGGCUUUUAACAGGGCGAAAAGCGUAUGACAGGUCACGUCCCCGGGGAGAGCAAUAUCUGGUUAGAUGGGCAUUCACGCAGCUUUACGAUAUAGACGCGUUAUCCAGAAUGGUCGACCCCUCCCUGAAGGGCGCUUAUCCGUCCAAGUCCUUAUCACGGGUUGCAGAUAUAAUCUCGCUAUGUAUUCAGCCUGAGCCCGAGUUUAGGCCACCGAUGUCUGAGAUCGUGCAAAAACUCGUAAGCAUUAUACAGAGACAUCCCAACCCAUGAGGUUAGAGACGACAAAAAGUGUUGGUAACUGAGGGAUUCUACGGUUUCUCAACGGGUCAUACCUGAACUGUUGCUUGUUGCUCUUCACAUCUUUGUAGUAUAUGCUGCUGCAUUUCUCUCUCUUCUUUUUUUUCCUUGAAAAAAAAUUGUAUUUUAACUAGUGGCUUUGAUGUUACUGUGGUAUGUCGUUUGUUGGGUAAAAUCCAGAUGUUAUAUUUCUGUAAUUAGCUUUACAGAAGCUAAAUAGUUUUGAUUAUUGA